GGACGGUAGGCGUGGCCUGCUGUAAGCGGAAGUGUUAGCGCAGGCGGAAGUGGUGCAGCCCUGAACACCGUGAGCAGUAGCGGAACGGAGGGACGGCGCGGUUCUCCCGGUGCUUUAGAACAGAAUCAGCGAGCAGCGGCGCUCUGAGCGAACCCAACCAUCCAACAUGGACAAAAGUGACCUGGUGCAGAAGGCUAAACUAGCCGAGCAGGCAGAGCGCUAUGAUGACAUGGCUGCCUCCAUGAAAGCAGUCACAGAGGGCGGAGUCGAGCUGUCCAAUGAAGAGCGCAACCUGCUGUCCGUGGCCUAUAAGAACGUGGUCGGCGCCCGCCGCUCCUCCUGGCGCGUUAUCUCCAGCAUCGAGCAGAAGACAGAGGGCAACGAGAAGAAGCAGCAGAUGGCGCGCGAGUACCGCGAAAAGAUCGAGACCGAGCUACAGGACAUCUGCAAUGAUGUGCUGGGCCUUCUGGAGAAGUACCUCAUACCCAACGCUAGCCAGGCAGAGAGCAAAGUCUUCUACCUGAAAAUGAAAGGAGACUACUACAGAUACUUAUCUGAGGUGGCAUCUGGAGAAUCAAAGAGAACCACGGUGGAUAACUCUCAGAAGGCUUACCAGGAUGCGUUUGAGAUUAGCAAGAAGGAGAUGCAGCCCACACACCCCAUCAGGCUGGGUCUAGCUCUCAACUUCUCCGUUUUCUACUACGAAAUCCUGAACACCCCAGAGCAGGCCUGCAGUUUGGCUAAGACAGCUUUUGAUGAGGCCAUCGCUGAGCUCGACACUUUGAAUGAGGACUCGUACAAAGACAGCACUCUGAUCAUGCAGCUACUAAGGGACAACCUCACUCUGUGGACAUCAGAAAACCAGGGUGAUGAAGGGGACGCCGGCGAGGGGGAGAACUAAAAGGCGCUGCACUUCACUGUUAAAAUCCACCCACACUCUUUAUCUUACACAUACAGCCCAUAGUACCCUGCUCCAUCCACUUCACCAUAAACCCCCUUUCUGUAUGACGAGCAGCGAGAAUUGUACCUGACCUGCAGUCCUCCUUUACCCCUCUGAGAUCAAGCGCUCAGUCGCCCGGCGGCCCAGAGAUUCGGAAUCGAGUGUGUUGUGUCCGUCCGUCUGUCUGUGUGUGUGGGUGUGUUUGGGGCGGGGCAGGAUGGGAUGGGGCGGGGCGGGGAAGAAAAGUGAAUAGUAGUGAGAUCAUCAUUCUUUUUGUCCCUUCCUCUUCCCCUUUAAUAUUCUUCUUUAUUUUUUUUUAAAGGUAAUUAAUUGUUGUCCAUCAGGUUAUGCAUUAUAGCGCCACCUUUCUCUCUCUCUUUCUCUCUCCUUUCCUCUCCUCUUCUUCUCUUCUUCUUCUCCUGUAGUGUUACUGGCCACCGCCGGUUUUAUUCUAAAGGUUAUUAAACUGUCCAUUUAAUUUAACAAACACUGUGAUGCUUAUUUUUCCCUCACCGUGUGAACGGACGACUCCACGCCAGUGCAAUUCUGUUGCGAUCUCAUACAGAAAGGAAGGAAACAGGCUGUAUUGUGACACUGACUAACAUUAUUACUGCAUUACUGUUGUUGCCGUGUAAUGUUUGCCAUUUAUUUUUUAUUAAUUCUUUUUGCAUGAGUCUAAAACAGUGAAAUAAAAAGGGACCCUAGGUUUUGUCAUUCCACUUCUACUCGAUUCUAACCAAGAGCUAAAAAACAUUCCAUCAGUGUGUUAAAAAAAGAAAAGGGGUGAGAUCGUACGUAGAUCCGGCUGGAGGGAUUUCCAGGAUUUCCCGGGAUCUCCCAGAAUUCCCGGCGCGCUGUCAGUCAUUAACGGUGCUGUUUAACAUCAGUAUAAAAUAAAACAAUAAAAAAAAAACGUAAUAACUGAUCUUAAUUAUUCCCCCUCUUCGUCUAGAUUCUGUCCCGUUUUCCUUUCCGUAUCUCACUGUUAAUAGUUUAACGACUGUAAAAUGACUGUAAACUUAAGGUAAAUAGAAUUGUAUCGAAUUGAACUGUAAAAACACAGUAAUUUAAAACCGUUGCGCUAAUGGUUGUAGGUUAUUUUAAUCUUAAUCUUAAUUCUUAAUUCAUCUUUUCUCCGAUAACAAUUCACAACCGAUCAACGCCAACUAUCACACCACCACGACCCUUCCCUGAUCUAUAUCUAUCCAGCUGAUCAAUAAAUAAUCCAUAAAUCAAUGAUAUAAAAAUCCCCUGUGAUUGAGGGACUGGAAUCAAUAAAAAUCAUUUGUGGUGAUUCUCUUCUGCAGAUUUGGUGUAGAUUUGGAUUUUAGUGGAGGAUUAGGAAAAUAUUAAGCAGUCAAUCGAUAAAACUCGUUUUCAAGGUUGAAAUCAGACCGGAUUUGGCUCGUCUCAGAUUCAACUCAGGCUAGUCUCAGACUUGACUCUGACUCAAACUUGUCUCCGACUCGUGUAGGACUUGUUUUGUGUUCAGGCUCAUUUCUGCUUAGAUUUGACUCAAGCUCGUCUCAGACUCGACUCUGACUCGGGCUCGUCUAAAAUUCACCUCUGGUUCAGAUUGACUCGGGCUCGUCUCGGACACGGCUUGGGCCUGUCUCAGGGUCUGGCUCGUCUCCGAAUCCGUCUCAUCUCAGACUUGACUCUGGCUUGAGCUCGUCUCAAAUUCGCCUCUGGUUCAGAUUGACUCUGGCUCGUCUCAGACUCAACUCGAGCUCGUUUCAAACUCUCCUCUGGUUCAGAGUCUGGCUCUGUUGGGGCUCAACUCUGGACUCGUCUAGGACUCGCGUUCAGGCUCGUCUCAGACUUUGGUUCAAUUCAAGCUCGUCUCGUAUUCAGCUCGUUUCUGACGGUGAGAGAAUUCUGAAAGGGGAUUGGCUGAGCGUUUCUCAUUCAGUGUCACAAUACUUCGUCACAUCACCAUAACAUUCCACAUAGGUGUAGAACUCAUCUGUCUCCAGCUGAAGACACUCUGUUCAUGCACUGAAGAAUAAAAAACACUUAUCUCCCCUUAGCUGAACAAACGGCAGUUAUUCUACGCUUGAGAAAAAACUACAGUAGUGAAUGUGGAGCCGAGCCUGUCUGUAUAUCUGGUAUCUCCGAUUGCUUUGUUUUUACUGACCAGUAUUCUGCCUACAGUUAGCUUCUGUGACGGUUUUAUCGCUUAGCGCGCACGUGGUUGUGAAAAUUUAGACUAGCUUAAAUGAAGAAAAAAAAUAAAUAGAAAAAGACAAAAAAAAAAUCCUACUACAACCUGGUUAUUGACGUAAUACUAGAUUUGUGUAUGUCUUUUAAACAGUUCUAGUUUCACCUUACAUGUUAUAUUCAGGAAAAGUGUAAAAGACAAUUUAAGUGAAAUAAAAGUUUUAUCAGUUCCAAA